CCUGCCAAGACGUCUGCCGACAGCGGCGGCUGUAUAGAGGAUCCUCUGUUCUCUCACACAGCAACCGGGGUGUAAAGGUAGGCAGCACCUGUAGGGCUGUAUAGGGGUGACAAUGCUGGACUCUUUCGCCUUCCUCUUGACAUUGACAGUCAGUUUGUGUGUCAACGUGUCGGGAUAGUGAGCGAUCGCUAUCAGCGGCCUGGAUUGAACUGACCAAAGUGCACGAAAACUCUGGAGGAGGCGCCGCAUGUGUCUGGGUCAGGGAAACUGUAUAACGCUACAUCGGACCGAGAGGCAAGCGACACGCGUUACGGCCAAGCCGUUCUGAACGGUGACAGGUUGCUGAUAUGGCGCAGGAGAAGACGCCAUGGAAAGAGUUUGUGGAGAAACUCAGUGUGCUGCAAUGGGUGCUCACCUUCCUGCUGAUGGGUGUGUCCUGUGUUCUGUUGAUGGUCUACCUGAUGUUCACCUCUCUGUGGCUCCUGCCCACUGUCUACAUGAUCUGGAUGGUUAUGGAUUGGGACACGCCAGAGAGAGGGGGCAGGCGGAAUGAGUGGGUGAGGAACUGGACUGUGUGGCAGCACUUCCAGGAGUACUUCCCUGUGAAGCUGGUAAAGACAGCAGAGCUGAACCCCAAGAAAAACUACAUCCUGGGGUCACACCCCCAUGGGAUCAUGUGUGCCGGAGCCUUCUCCUGCUUCAGCACAGAGUGCAGUGGGUUCAGCCAGACCUUCCCGGGCAUGCGCCCCUGCCUUGCUAUCCUGGCUGGCCUCUUCCGACUGCCACUCUACCGCGACUACCUCAUGAGUGCAGGUAUGUGCCCAGUCAGCAAACCCAGUCUGGAGUUCCUUCUCUCCAAGAAUGGCAGCGGUAAUGCAGUGGUGAUUGUGAUAGGGGGCGCUGCUGAGUCGCUGUCCUCCUCCCCAGGGGUUAACACUGUGGUGAUGAAGCAGAGGAAAGGCUUUGUCAGGCUGGCUCUGGAAUACGGAGCUGACCUGGUGCCAGUCUACAGCUUUGGGGAGAACGAGCUGUUCCGGCAGGUGGUGUUUGAGGAGGGCAGCGUGAUGCGGGCCCUGCAGACAGCCUUUAAGAAAGUCAUGGGUUUCGCCCCCUGUCUGUUCAUUGGCCAGAGCUGGGGCCUGGUCCCGUACAGGACUCCAAUCACCACCGUUGUGGGUCGGCCCAUCUCCGUGCCCCAUAUCUCUUCUCCUUCUGAGGAGGUGGUGGACCACUACCACGGCCUGUACAUGGAGGCUCUGACCCAGCUCUUCCACGAGCACAAGACCCUCUGCGGCCUGUCUGAGAGCCACCAGCUGCACAUCAUUUAGACCCAGCACCGGAUCAUCAUCAUCACAGAAUGACUUACUGGUACUGAAUCCAUCCACAUCUUACUGAUGGGCUCACCAAAUCCCCCACACUGUAUCCUGACUGAAACCAUAGCAUGCCGAUUAUGUGUACCUUGUGUUCCUAACAGCCAUCACUUAGUGAUGGUUUAACCCAUUGACUCAGCGUUGGUGCUGGAGGCCCAAAAUCCUAUAGCUCAGGUUUCCUAUCUGUCUUUAAUAUUACGUUCAGUCAAGGCAAUGACCAGCUGAACCAUGUGCUUGAGACCUGGACAGCACAACAGACUGCGCACACAGUGAUCCUCCAGGACCAGGGCUGAUAAGCAGACGGGGCAUGCGGUGUCUUCUCUUGCACUGAACAGCCAAUGACUGUCACUGGAGGAAUCCUGCUAGCCAACCCCUGUUCCCAGCCAGACUGUGGUUAUGAAGCAUAAUAAAUCAGAGAAUAUUUUUGAGUUAACGUUCACCUCCCGUAAAAAAGUUAGCUCCUAAAACUUGCCCUAAAGAGUGAAGUUUUUAGUUAUGUUCAAUGUACCUUUUAGUGAAGUGUGAUUGAAAACACUGUUACUGAGGGCAUUUACAGCAAACAUACUACUGCAAAUCUUAUUUUUCAGUAUGAAAGGUUAUUUUGUAAGAAUAUGCUGGUUUUGCAGAUCGAGUAUUGGAAUUGUGUGUAAUUGUGGCUAAAAUGCCAGGCUGGGACUAAGUGCCAUUUUGGUUUUUAUUUUUUACAAUAUAAUAAUUAUAGCUAAUCUCUGUGUAAUAGCUAAGUUCACUCAGGUUGCCUGGAGCCAUGUCAGAGGCCUGUUGUAGGCUAUGGUGGUGUAGUUUGAGAAGGGACCCUGUCUGAGUCUGUAUGCUGUGAUGUAUGUGUAGGACAAUGGGACCCAAGUCACCUUUUUUGGUGUGAUUUUUGCUGUUGCCUUUUUCAAGAUUUCCGUUCUUUUGUCAGAAGAAUUUACAUGGUCAUCAACUUCUUUAUUAAUUAAAGCCUCUCCCUCACUGAUUAAUUGAACACAGAUAAAUCAUGAGUAUUACUCCCCAGUGACUGUAAAUUUUAAGGAAUGACUUAAAAUUCUUGUCAGGAGUCUUGAUCAGAGCUUCUACAAAUUAUCACUCAUUUAAAGAGAAAAAAUAUUCACAAGCAUGUUUAAAUGAUAUGUUAAAAAGCUGUUGACGCAGUUGUGAUGUAAUCCAAAGGUUUCCACCUUCAGACAUCGGUAUUCAGGUAUGGCACAGACAGGAUUGCAGUGAGCAGCAGUGAUUGGUGGGUGCUAUCUUUCAGCCAAUCAGAACUGCUGAACAGAGAGCAUUAAAUGAGGUCUGGAUGACUAAUAUAACUGGUUGUUUUAUUGACCAGAUUGUAGAGCACAGAGACAGAUAUCCCAAUGCCUUUGUUUAGUGUUCUGCUACUACUGAAGGUUAUUUAAUGAUUUUUAUUGUAGAAUUUGUCUUAGUUGAAAAUGUGUUCUUCGAGCUAUUCUCAGGAUUCUUGCACUUCGUCACUUUCAACACAGACUGAGGGAGGGUAGGAAGGCUCCAAGCCAAAGAACAUGUCAUAUAUUCAAGGGAGUAUUUCACCAGACUGUAAAUGUGAUAUUAUCAACAAAAAAAGACUUCAUUAAAAACAGUA